GUAAUACAUAUAAUUUUUACAAAUCAGUUAAUUGUAAUUUAUUAAGAAAUCAUUUAUACAUCGGAAGCGUUUUUUCUAUCUACUUUAUAAUCGAGAAAAGUGUUCUGUUUUAAGUUUCAAAUUGUUACUACUUUUGUGUAACAUGUUCAUAAUCAGUUUAUACCUAAUACUUUUAAUUAUAGUCAUUUGAUACUAACUGUAUGGAAAGGACAAAGUGUGAACGAUUAUUAUACUCAUAUAGAAGAAAUUCUUGUCCCUGUUGUGCUUGUGCUAUAGUAUUGUUACUAACAAAGAAAAAUUUUGUAAUGCUCCUUUUAAAAACUUGAAGGAAUUAUAAGUUUAUAAUACAAAAUUUCCACAAAAAUUAUGGGACGUUACACAGGAAAGAAAUGUCGCCUUUUAACAAUGUUAGGACUCACAGCGCUUUUAUUUUUAGUAGAGAUAGUUGUCGGUUAUGUGACCAAUUCAAUGGCUUUAAUAGCUGAUAGUUUUCACAUGUUAUCGGAUGUAGCUGCAUUAGUCGUUGCAUUUCUUUCUGUGAAGAUGUCGCCAAAAAAGUGGUCCAAAAACACUUUUGGAUGGGCUAGAGCUGAGGUAUUAGGUGCUCUUGUUAAUGCAGUUUUUUUAGUUGCCUUAUGCUUUAGCAUUACUGUGGAGGCAUGCAAAAGAUUCAUUGAAGUGGAAGAAAUACAUGAAGCUAAACUUCUUGUGUCUGUGGGUGCGCUUGGUCUAUUCGUGAACUUAAUAGGUUUAUGCUUAUUUCGUGAACAUGGAAGUUCUCACGAUCAUUCGCAUGGUAUAUCACGUAGUCAUAACAGACUAAGCACAUUAGUAGGCACAGAUGACAAUGAAAAUGACAACACUUACAGACCACCAACGGCACAAGUAAAAAGAACACAUGGCCAUACACAUGAUGCAAGUCAAAUGAAUAUGCGUGGUGUAUUCCUUCAUGUAUUGUCCGAUGCAGUGGGUUCUGUCAAUGUAAUUGCCUCGGCUUUGAUAGUAUGGCUUACAAAAUGGCAAUACAGAUUUUAUAUUGAUCCAGCAUUAUCACUAUUAUUGGUUAUUCUCAUGUUACGUUCUGUUUGGCCAUUGUUUCGGGAGUCGGCACUAAUUCUUUUACAAACAGUACCGACACAUAUUCAGGUUGAUGCAAUACAACAACGUUUAUUGGAAAAUGUUGAUGGUGUAUUAGCUGUGCAUGAAUUUCAUGUAUGGCAACUAGCUGGUGAUCGUAUUAUAGCUUCCGCGCACAUAAGAUGUAGAAAUCUUUCAGAAUAUAUGAAAAUCGCAGAACAAGUUAAAGAAUUUUUCCAUAAUGAGGGUAUACAUUCUACUACAAUACAACCAGAGUUUAUUGAUUAUCAAUCAAAUAGCGAAAUUAAAGAUACACCAACAGAAGAUUGUGUACUGGAUUGUCCAAAGACUGAUAAACCUUGCAACCAUGCUACUUGUUGCGGUCCCUCUAAACAGGGUCGUGAAUCUCCUUCGCCGGGGGAAACACCAUAUAUGUGCAGGCAGCGUAACAGCUUGGCACGUUCAACUACUUCUAUAGGAGGUACAAAGCAACAGGAAGUGAACGAGAUGGAGCGAGGACAUUUACUUUCUCUAUCUGGUUCUCAUCAUUCCAUCCAACUUCCGCAUUCUCAUAUUAACACGCCGACAGUUUGAAUUAUUCUCUGAUAACCAUUCGCCUACCUCUAUAGCCGAUUACGCAACGUAAAGAAAUGCUAUUGUACAAAUAUAAUAAAUUAAUAAUUUGAUUAUGUACCACUUUUGUUACUAUCGUAAUUAACAAUAGCAUUAAUUUUCAAUUAACGUAUGGCGUCAUUUAUCAAAUUUCAUUAUAUCGGUUAUAAUUAAGAAAAUUCAUUAUAUAUACAUCAGUCUAGACAGUAAUAAUAUUGUACAAAAAUGUAUAUUAUUUUAUCUGAAUCUAAUUGCAAAAGAUUCUGUUUUGUAAAUUGCCUUAACCGUUGAUUUUCUUGUUAAUGAAACUACGAAAAUUGAAUAUUUAAAUAUCGAAGGCAUAUUAAUACCAAAUGAAAUACACUAUACGUCAAAAAGACGUAAUAAUCAUGAAUAUAAGUCCUAGUUGCCUUGGAAACUAUUUAUAUCUCUGUACAUAUUCAAUUAACAGUUUUACGAUACAAAAUUUUAUGAAGAUUGCUUAAUUCGUGUAAAAUGAUUAUACUUUGAAAUUUAUAAAACAGAAACAUAAAUAAUAUAUAGCAUUAAUUCUUAACAGUAUUUGCGUAUUAAGUAUAUAUUUGUAUGAGCUAUAAAUGAUAAUAUUUGUAAUUUAAAUUGUCUUAUAAAGCUCUGUAAGAUAAUAUAAUUAAAUUCAAUAGUUA